AACAACAAGAUGUGGCAACUUUUGGUAAUUAUUAAAAUAGAAAACCUAUAAAUAUGCAGUUUAUAUACAUAUAUAUAGAUAUAUAGUUAGUUAACGAUAAGAUCUUAUGUUUCUGGUAAUAAAGAUAAGACAGAUAAUUUCCCUUCCUGAUUCCUUCAUUUUAUUUGAAAUGAGCUAACAAACAGUUUACAAACUGAUGUACAUAUUUAUUUUCUAAACAGAUUAUAUCAAUAUAGUUUCAAUAGAUAGAUAAGUAACUAAAUUAUUAAGAAUUUAGAUUGUUAUUAUUGUUGUUGUUAUUGUAGUGGUAGUGUUUGCAGUUUCCUUCUACUCAACGUGAUGGAUUUUUUUCUUUCUCAUUAUUUAUAUUGAAAAGAAAUAAAAAAACAAAUUGUAUAUACGCAUAUAUAUAUAUAUCUAUAUAUAUAAAUAUACUAUAUAUACAUAUAUAUAUACAUAUAUAUAUAUAUAUAUAUAUGUGUAUUAUGUAUAUGCAGAUAUAUUUAUAUAGCUUAUAAAGCAGUAAAAGAAAUUUGGCUCCUUGUUCAUAUUCCAGAAGGAGCGGCAAGAAGGCAAAGUACGACCAGAGUCAAUUCGUUUGCCCAAAAAUAAGGAUCUAUGCUCUUGCUGCAAUGGGUGCAAUCCUUUUCAUUGUCAUAGCUAUGCUGGCUGCCUUCCUGCCCAGAAAUUGCGAAGAACUAAAAAGUCCUGUAAAGGCUACGAAUUCCUCUCAAGAAGACAUAAUUCCAAGUGUAUCUCGAAGAUUGCCAGAAAAUAUCCAACCGAUACAUUACGACCUGCAGAUAGAUGCUCGGCUUAGCGAUUGGACGUUCAACGGUUUAGUCACAAUUCUUGUCAAGGUUAAAAAAUCAACGAAUCGCAUAAUUCUACAUAGUGUCAACCAAACGAUUAAAAGCGUUGCCGUCACUGGCCAUAAGGAAGCAACAUUUACUGUCGAUCAGACGCUACAGCAGCUAAAGAUUGAACUAAACAGUAAACUGGAAACAAGUAAAACUUAUAACUUAACUAUUGAAUAUGAAUCGGUUAUCUCAAGCGGUCUUGACGGUUUCUAUCAAAGUACUUUUACAGAUAAAGGUAAAAAAUUCAGAUUAGCAACCACUCAAAUGGAACCAAAUGGAGCUCGAAGAGCUUUUCCCUGUUUUGAUGAACCUGCUUUCAAAGCUACAUUCACAAUUUCGAUAAUUCAUGAUAAAAAGUAUACAGCAAUCUCUAAUAUGCCUGGUACAACUGCUUCAUUAAAACAUAAUAGGGAGAAGACCACAUUUAGUAAAACAGUUAAAAUGAGUACAUAUCUCGUUGCUUUUGUGGUAUUUGAAAACUUUGGAUUUGUCCAAACAACUACUGGAAAACACAACAAUAUAUCAGUAAGAGUUUACGCACCAUCUUUUGAAGUGAACAAGACGCACUUCGCCUUAAAUACAACAAGAGAGAUUAUAAAACAUUAUGAGAAAUUAUUCGGCAUCGAAUUUCCGCUGCCGAAAUCAGAUAUGAUAGCUAUACCUGACUUUAGUGCUGGUGCCAUGGAAAAUUGGGGUCUAAUUACUUAUCGAAGAACUGCAAUUUUAUAUGAUGAAAAAACCAGCAGUGGAAGAGAUAAGCAAUGGGUAAGCAUUGUUAUCGCCCACGAAUUAGCCCAUCAAUGGUUUGGGAAUUUAGUCACGAUGAAGUGGUGGAAUGAUUUAUGGCUAAAUGAAGGAUUUGCAUCUUUUGUUGAAUUUUUAGGUUCAGAUGCGGUAAAUCCAGAAUUAAGAACGCUAGAACAAUUCUAUACGGAAACGCAGUCGGGAGCGUUACAAGCCGAUGCCUUAGCAAAUUCCCAUCCCAUUGACGUUCAAGUAAAUGAUGGAGCUGAAAUUGGAGAAUUAUUCGAUUCCAUAUCGUAUAACAAAGGCUCUUCGAUUUUAUACAUGCUUUAUACAGCCAUGACUCCUAAAAAAUUUAAAAAGGGCUUGGGGCAGUACUUGAAAGAUUUUGCAUACAGUAAUGCAGAAACCAAAGACUUAUGGGGAAAACUAGAAAACACAACAAAUAUACCAGUGGCGAAGAUGAUGAAUACUUGGGUAAAGAAGAAAGGCUUUCCUGUUGUAAUGGUAAAAAAGAUCGGCGAUAGAAAAUUAUCACUUACUCAAGAGAGAUUCUUUGUAUCGCAAAACGAAAGGAGGAAAUACAAGGAUGACGAUUAUACUUGGAUUAUUCCGAUAACGUAUAAAACCAACAUAGACAAGGGGAUGCAGUUAAUGUAUCCUAAGAAAGACUUUACUAUAAAUUUACAAAAAGGUACAGAAUGGUACAAAGUAAAUGUAAAUCAAACAGGAUUUUAUAGAGUCAAUUAUGAUGAUGCUGGAUGGAACUCAAUUAUUAACUUACUCGAACGCAAUCAUACGUCACUAAACCCUUCGGAUAGAGCUGGUCUAAUAUCCGAUUCUUUUGAAUUAAGUAGGGCAGGGUUGGAAAAAAUAAGUCGAUUCCUUAACUUAACGAAGUAUCUUAAGAAGGAAAAGUCUUAUGUUCCUUGGAAGAUAGCCACUCUAAAUCUUAAUUACGUUACCAGUAUGCUUAAGGAUAAUCCAGAAAUUUAUGCAGCCCUUACUAAUCAUACAAGAGAACUGAUUAAGGAUACUCUUAAGUCACUUCGUUCCAAUUCAAAAACAAGUGAAGAAAAUCAUUUAAAGAAAUCCUUAAAUGCUACACUAAUAUCAACAGCUUUGGCAAUGGGGGAUAAUGAAACCAUUCAGGAAGCUUUAGAUAAUUACAGAAAAAAUCGAAAUUCUACGAGCAAUAUCGAUUCUUCCAUUCGGGGACUUGUCUACUCAAUUUAUGUAAAAACCGGAUGUAGAGCGGAAUGGGAAGAAAUUUUUGAUAAAUUUAAGAAAGAGAAAGAUCCAACCGAAAUUAGAAGAUUAUUACUAUCCCUAACUGAUACGAAAGAUGCUGAAUUGCUAAAGAAAUUACUAAAGAUGUCAAUAGAAUCCAAAAUAAUCAGGAAACAAGAUGGCUACAUGGUUGUUAAGGAAAUACUCCAAACUCACGCUGGUCACGAUCUAGCUUGGAAUUUCAUUAAGAGAAACUGGAAGACUAUUGUAAAGACGUGGUCCGAUAAAGCCUACAGUCGAAUAUUUAAGGCAAGUGCCAGUCUAAAAUCAAAUGAAUAUGACUUACAAGAGAUGAAAUUCUUUGUUCAAUCCAUUUUGGGAAAUAAACCUCGCCCCAGAGCCGUAAAGCAAAGUCUUGAAGAAGUUGAAAGAAACAUAGAAUGGAAAAAACGUAUAAAAAGAGAAUUAUCCGAACUGUUUUUGAAAUUAUAAAACAAUAACGCUUGUAAACAAGCUAAAUAUGACUUGACCACCCAUUAAAUGCGGAAUGCAUUUAAUUAGUUUUAUUAUAUUUACUACACAUACACACAUACACACACACACACACACACACACAUGCAUACAUACAUACAUACACAUACAUACACUUUAUGAAUAUAUAUAUAUAUAUAAUACUUAUCAUUUACAUUUAUUCAUAUGCGAUUUAUGUGUAAAAAUUCUGAAAUAUACAAAAUAAACGUCAGAAAGUCUUUUUAAAUGAAAUUAUUAGCUUUCUUUAAUGUUAUAUGGUAAAAAAAUAACUGACAAAUACAGAUUUUAUUUUCGAACAUGUCUUGAUU